AUGAUUGAUAUUUGCAUAGUUUUUUCGCAGAUUGGUAAAGAUGAACACGAGGACUGUACCAAUUGUAAUGGUGCACAAGACGUUUCUGCUGGUUCACUUACUUCAGAAAAUGAAGAUAAGGAAGAUCAUGACAUAGAUAUUAGUGAUCAUUCUAGUAGUAGAACGAGUAUGUACAACCAAAAUAAUGUUGAGGUAGAUAGUAGUACGAACCAUAAACGCACUGACUCUAAUCAUUAUGGUAAUGGAUUUUCAAUGCAUGACAACAAUAAUGUUGAAGGACCUAAUGGUGUGAAUUCUGCCCACAUUGACACUGAGGAUGAGUUCGUUGAUGUGGUUGGAAUUGAUACUGAUGAGGAGGGGAAUGAACCUUCUGCAGAUGAAGCAGGGAAUGGUGAAGCAUCUUCAUCUUCGACUAGUAGUAGUGUUAGCAACAUUGACUAUGAAUCCAGUCCUGAAGAGAUGACUAUCUCACCAACAAAAAGACGAAGAGUGGAAUAA